GAAGCUCUCCUUACACUCCGCCUCUGCUGCCUCGAAGUCCGGAAAACGAUCGUGAGAAUCGCCCCUUCAAGGAAGGAGGCAUGGCGGGGAUCAAAGCUUUGGUUGGUUUAUCAUUCACUGGAGUCCUUGGUUUGACAUUUCUUAUGUUGGGAUGUGCCUUAGAAACAUAUGGUACCUACUGGCCCUUAUUUGUCUUGAUAUUUUAUGCCAUAUGCCCUAUUCCUCACUUCAUUGCAACAAGAGUAAGCGAUGAUACAGAUGCAGCAAGCAGUACUUGCAAGGAACUGUCAUAUUUUUUCACAACUGGAAUUGUGGUCUCUGCUUUUGGACUUCCUAUCAUUCUUGCACGUGUUGAAGUGAUCAAGUGGGGAGCCUGUGGCCUUGUGCUGGCUGGAAAUGCCGUAAUUUUUCUUACAGUUUUAGGCUUCUUUGUUCUGUUUGGAAGAGGAGAUGAUUUUGCCUGGGAACAGUGGUAGAAUUUACGGAGAUAUGAACCUACAGUACAUAUGUUAUACAGGACAUCCUUGAUCUUUGUUCAUUUACUUAUUAUUAUUUUAGUGUAUAUAUGGAUAUACUAGGUAUACAUGCGCACAUGUCAAUGCAUUUAGUAUAUGAAUAAUUUGAUCAGUAUUAAUAUAAAGGAAAUGUACCUUAUAUAUUAAUACCUUUAUUUUACGGGAUGUAAGUAAAUUUCCACAGUACUGUGGGUGAUGUUUUUAUAAUGCAAGAAAAACUAUAUAAGUAGGAUUGUUUUAUAAUAAUCAUGGGUUUUUGAAUUAGGAAUCACAUUUGCAAUUUGGCUUUAAAGCAGAAUAUUAAAAGAUAUUAAUUUGUCUUCAAGGUAAACACAUCAUAAUUCUUCAAUAUAAACUGUUUGCUAUUCAAAGAAUCAGCAUAUUAAAUCACUCCGGUUUCAUAAAGUUUUAAGAAGAAAUUGCCAGAUCAACUGAAUUUAGAGCAAAAAGUCAUCUAGAUAUCCUUUUAUCUUCUGCAUGAUUAAGAAAAUGGGACACAAUCUUGUGUAUACCUGGAUUGGAUCCAAAUUCUGCCACCAGUGAACAGAAAAAAUACUUUUCUCCACUAGAAGAAAAGUAUUGUUCCAGCAGAAGAACUCCACUUUUGCAAUAUAAAAAGAUGCAGCAUCUUGCUUUAUUUCUCCUGCAAUCUCUAAUCCUGCUUCUCACAAAUAUGUUCUAGAAGAUUGAAAAGGUUUUCAGAACAUUGGGAGAUAAACACUUGGGUGGGUUAUUGGACGAGAUGACCUACAAGGUCCCUUCCAAUGCUCUUAAUCUGUUAAAUGCUCCCAUGGUCUCAGGGUCAGAAAACCUGUUCCCAAUUUAAUAAUAUCUCUGUUUGAGAAUCCAUGUAUUCCUUUAAAUAAGCCAGUUUUUAUAAGAAGGAAGUUGCUAAACCAUGGGUGCCUAUCUGGUAGUAGGUUUCAUUUAGUAUAACAAAGCAUAUUUCUGAGUAAAGAUGUGCCUUAUAAAUAUUAAAUAAUUAAAUAAUUAAAUUAAAUAAACACUUUGCUUUGGUCUCUGUUGCACUGUAGAAAGCUACAGGGUAUUGUCUAUCCCCAAAUAAGUAUACAAUUUGUAUAGUGAAAUGAUCUAUAAGUUUAAUAAUAUUGUAAAGUAAUUAUAUUACUUUUUAGUAGGUAUUAGACUACUGGGUUUCCCUCCCCCCUUUUAAAAUCGGAAUACGCUCUUUUGAAGAUGAGGGAAAUCUGUUUUGUUUGUUUCUGGUAUAAACUUAAGUAACUCCUACGUUCCUGUGGAUAAAUUGUUUGAAACAAAAUUGUAAGGUUCAUAAAGAUUCACAAUAGCUUUAAGUAACAAUCUCCAACUUAGUCUUCCUGCAACUAUAUGUAAGCAAAUAUGUAUUGUAGUGGUUUUCAUUAGAUGAUAGAAAAGCAAACUUCAAAUUUGCGCAAGAUUAUUGGGGUCUAGGGAGAGAAAUGCUUAAAUAAUUCCCAGGAAUUUCUCUAUGUUGGAAGAUAUUUUGUUUUACCUGC